AUUUCACACAAUGGAAGUUGAAAAUAUUAAAGUUGAUGAUAUUCUACCCACCCGAGUGGCUAAGAAGCGUACCCGCAAUGAUGAUACCGAAAUGCAAGUGGACGAAGCCACUGGCAUUGAGGGAGCCGUAACAAAAAAUCAGCCACCUAAGGCAAAGCGGGUUAAGAGUGAAGUGCGUAAAAUUGCUGUACCACCACACAGAUAUUCAUCAUUGAAGGAACACUGGAUGAAAAUAUUUACACCAAUUGUUGAACACAUGAAAUUACAAAUUCGUUUCAACAUGAAAGCCAGACAGGUUGAACUUCGUAUUAGUCCGGAAACACCAGAUAUUUCAAAUCUCCAAAAGGGAGCUGAUUUUGUUAAGGCUUUCCUAUGCGGUUUUGAGGUCGAUGAUGCCUUGGCUUUGUUACGUUUGGAUGAUUUGUUCUUGGAAACAUUCGAAGUAAAAGAUGUCAAGACCCUGCGUGGUGAUCAUAUGAGCCGUGCUAUUGGUCGUUUGGCUGGUAAAGGUGGUCGCACCAAAUUCACAAUUGAAAAUGUCACCAAAACCCGUAUCGUGUUAGCCGAUAGUAAAAUUCAUCUCUUGGGUAGCUAUCAAAAUAUCCAAUUGGCCCGCCGAGCCAUUUGUAAUCUAAUUAUGGGAUCUCCACCAAGCAAGGUGUACGGAAAUCUCCGUAAUGUUGUUUCCCGAGUUAGUGAAAGAAUGUAAAUACAUAGAA